ACUGCUAUCUGUCUAUUUCUAUAUAGUGGACACGUUUCUGGCCUCUAUGCGCCAUCCACUCUCUAUGUCGGAGGAUUAAACUAAUUAGAAUUUAUGCUGUGGAAACGUCAUAACUGGUUUGAACUACCCUAAAAUUUAGUGAAAUUACUAAUCAGAAAACGUUACAAGGGCUGAAUGCUCUUUGACCAAUAGGAUCACGGAAAUUAUUUUAAGCUGUGAAGCUAUUGGUCAAGUUGCUUCUGCGUCGUGUGGGAACAGCACUUGUGAACUCGGCGUCAAAGCUAUUUGGCUGGAAUCACGGCCGAUGUUAUACGUGAGCCAAAAACGAUGGAUUCUCGGUUCUAGAUAAGAUUAAAAAGUGUGGAUCGUUCCUAUAGCGCGUACAGUGUCACAAGCAAGUCGUUUUCCGAAAAUUCGAAAUCUAAUCAAUGUCCGGCUUCGAAGAGAAUCCCUUCGGGGAGCCAGCACUAAAUGAUCCCUUCGCCGAUCCUGCUAUUAGAAGGGCAGCCACAUCCACACCAGCCAGCAGAGGUAUAGAGGAUUAUAAUCCAUUUGCUGAACAAGGAUCGCAAGGAACAGCACAAGUUCGAGGUGCUGCUAAUCCACCAAUCUAUGGAGGCGUGGGAGCUACUCAACAGCCAGCAACUCUUCAGCCUACUAAUCAAGAACCGCCACCACCACCAAUAUAUGCACGCAGUGCACAGCAAACUGUUCCACCUACUGUAGGGAGCACGCCUUCUUCCAGUAUUGAUCGACAGGAAGAAGAAUGGAAAGCAAGGAGAGAUGAGGAAAUGAGAAAUACACCUUAUUAUGCAAGACGAAACAAUUGGCCACCCCUACCAGAAAAGUGCUGCUUCCAGCCAUGUUUCUAUCAAGAUAUUGAUGUUGACAUACCAGCUGAUUUUCAAAAGAUCGUUAGGCAACUAUAUUAUCUGUGGAUGUUUCAUGGUUGCGUAAUGGUGAUGAAUGUCGUUGGCGGAUUUGCAUUGAUGCUUCAUGGCAAGGACUUUUCAACAUUUGGAUUCGCUAUCCUUUAUCUUAUACUCUUCACUCCAUUCUCUUUUCUCUGUUGGUUUAGACCGGCAUACAAGGCGUUUAGGAGCGACAGUUCCUUCAACUUUAUGGUCUUUUUCUUCGUUUUCUUUUUCCAACUAAUCGUUACGGUUAUUCAGACGAUAGGCAUUCCCGGCUCCGGCACUUGCGGAAUAAUAACUGCAAUCGCAGCAUUCGGAUCAUCAGCAGGAGACAUUAUUGUUGGAAUUCUUCUUCUGUUGAUUGCACUCGGCUAUGGUAUUGCUGCUGCUGGGGAUCUUCUACUCUUGUCGAAGAUUCAUCGUAUCUACCGCAGCACGGAUGCGAGCGUUACGAAAGCGCAACAGGAAUUCGCAACGACUUUCCUUCGUAACGAGCACGUACAGAAUGCAGCAAGUAACGUCGCAGCGAAUGCUGUCAUCGCCCAGAUGUCCAAUACUAACCAACCUCGUUAUUAACUAAUCAAUAUUAUCAGUUCCAUGAUAGUUCUACCGCUUAGGUAUGAAUUUUAUCUAACCUUUAAUUCGCGCAGCGGAUUGAAUGGAUGUUUUUGGAUAAUUGGCGCAGGUCUAACGAUAUGCUUACGAACAGCACUUGGAUAAUUGAGUACGAAGAACUAGUGGCGGUCGAGUGACAUCGGAGGUUUACGAUGUGGUUCAAUCGCUCUGAUAUUCACUUUUUCAGUACAGUGAUAGUAUUCGAAAAUUAAUUAUUAUACUGGAAGUAAGAUAUAAUCACCAUGUUUCGCAUAUAAGUCCAUUCAAAUUGAGAUAGAUUUUUUUUCAUGCUUGUAACGCGUAUCGAACAGCUCUUGGGAAAAUUUUCAUCAUAUGCAGUGUUUUUGAAAUGACAUUGCGCAUGCGAAUUACUUAAACGAUACUUUGUACUUCGUUCUCGCGUGGACUACUGUUUGGAUUGAUGCGAGAGUACACGACUAUAAUAUGGUCGCGUAUGCUGCUACGGCUUAGGUAAACUAUUUUCUUUUCGACUUGUAGCCGUACAGUACGCGUGUAUUGACAAUUCACUUGCAUAGGAUUUAUAACGUGUUUUGUCUUACUUGAACGACGAUGUGCACAUAUACAUGACCACUUAGUCGUACAUGGUCGCCAUCAAUGUAAGUGUACUCCUUAGAAUUAACCCAGUACUGUUAUCAUGAAAAAUUGGCAAGAAGUCGAUAGUGAUUUCGAACUACAAAAAAGAACUAUCGCGUAAAAAAAAGUCCACUCAACGCGGAGAGACUGAAAGCCAUGUAUAGAAAAGAUGAGUAAAUACGGCUAUAUAUUUAUUGUUCUAGAAUUUCUUUAGAGGAUAAUCGAGAGAAAUGAAGAUCAUGUAUCAUUAGCGGACCAUUUUUUCGCUUUUUAUUUUCAUUUAUACUUUCUUCGGUCAUAUUGUUCACUCUUUUUUUUUUUCAUUCAAAAACGGUAUAAUUUAUAUCGUCCCUACUAGAACAUAUAUUCUCAGUAGGAAAAACGACAAGGCUUACUACUGACUAACACGAAGAAAAAUUAUGCAACAAAGGAUCACUUGAUAUUUUUGAAGAAUAAAUGUUUCUUUUCCCAAA